GGACGCAGCAACCUCAUGUCAUCCAACCCAAGCAGGCACGACGCCAGUAGUUCUGGGUCCGACGACUCCGACUCGGCUCGACGACCACGCAGGUCAGACAAGAAGGAGAUGAAGCACAAGAAGAAGAGCAGCUCCAAGGCACGAAGACAUGACUCGUCGGACAGCGACGACAGCGGCAGCAGUGACUCCGACCACAGAUCAAAAAAGUACAAAUCCAGCAAGAAGCACAAGGAGAAGAAGGCCAAGAAGGACAAAAAGUCAUCCAAGAAAUCAUCCAAGAAGUCAAAUGCGGUCAACCAGAACGAGUACGGCAAGUACGGCAUCCUGCGCGAGUCCGACUUCCAUCUCAAGGCCGUGUCGUUCAACGUGUGGCUGCGCGACAUCAAGAAGAUCAACGACUUCAACGGACCCAAAUGGGAGGCCAUGGAGCUGUUCAAGGAGUACAUGGAGGACUACAACACGGCGACAUUUCCGCACGAAAAGUACUACGACGUGGAAAAGUACGAGAUGCGAAAACAUCACAAGAAGGCGUCCAAGGACAACAAGCGCAAGCAUGACGACGCGCCCGGGGACGAAGAAGCCAUGCGCCGCGAACGACUGCGCCAGAGGAUCGAAGCCGGCCAGAAGGACUUUGGAUUGAUCAUGCAGACGAUGAGCAAAGAGAAGAUCGAGGGCAUGCGCAACCAAGAGAAGCUGCGCACCCAAAUGCAACUGCACUACAAGUCGGGCAACGUAACCGAGGCGCGGCGCCUGGAAGUGCUCCUCAACAAGGUCGACGACAAGCAGCCAAAUAUGCCGUUCCUAUAACGUAUCUUAACCUCAUGUUAGUCUACUAUAUACUAGUAUGUACUAUCAUGUUAAGUCUACUACAUGUACUAUCAUGUUAAGUCUAC